AUGUCGGGAGUGAGGGGGUUUGUGCGAGGGCGGCAGAAGGGAGGAGAGCGGGGCUCAGCACCGCUCCGCUCUGGGGGGAGCCCCGGGCGCCCCCGCACCCAGCCCAGCCCCGGCUGCAGGCACAGCCCGGCCUCCACCCGGCCCCGCCACCCCAGGAAGCGUAUUCUUGAAAUAACUGCUGUUGAUGUUGGAAUCGUUGCCAUCAAGGGCUUGUUCUCUGGCAGAUACCUGGCCAUGAACAAAAGGGGCAGACUUUAUGCAUCAGAAAAUUAUAAUGCAGAGUGUGAGUUUGUGGAGAGGAUCCAUGAGUUGGGUUAUAACACCUACGCGUCCCGUCUCUACCGGACUCUACCCAACAGAGCCAGCACCAAGCGCAAAGCCAGUGCAGAGAGACUCUGGUAUGUCUCAAUCAAUGGGAAAGGACGACCCAGGAGGGGCUUUAAAACUCGCAGGACACAGAAAUCGUCUCUCUUUCUGCCCAGAGUAUUGGAUAACAAAGACCAUGAAAUGGUCCGACUGUUCCACACAAAUGUGAGAUAUCGAGAGAGUCUCCUGAAGCCUCUGAACAAGAACCAGCGAAGAAGGAGAGGACGCUGA